UGUGCUGUUCUCUGAAGCUCAGGAUUUACCUUUUUUUCUCUCUCUGUUUUUUCUUUGCUGCAAUGUGCUGGUAAAGCGUGACUUGUCUCGGUCCUGGGGUCUGCUGUCGAUGGUACUUUUCUUUAUGUGCUGUUUGUGAGAAUGACCUUUCUCACUGGGAAGCAUGCUGCUCAGAACCGAGGACCUUCGAUACACGUUCGGAGUUGGCCCUACGAGUCAGGGUUCCAGCUGAACCACUUGAUUUUUCAUUCAUAAUUAGGGCUUAAAAUGUUGCUCUUUCGGGUCGGCUAGCAGGGCUCCAGCGCCGGCUGUUUCCUUUCUGAUCGUAUAGGCUGCUAUGUCCUCAUUUUUAAGUGUGUAGCCGUGCAGGCAGGAGUUGGAACUUGUCCAACUGUUAACUAUUGGAACUGAUGAAAGAUUUUGCUUUCAAUAAUAUCAGAUAAUGAUGGCGAAAUGGCGAGAAUACCUACCAAAUAGUGACAGAAGUGAUUUAUAAAUCCAGAGGGAAAAGAAUAUGUGGUUAUUUGUACUUAAGGUGUAAGUAAUGAAACGUGGAAGUGGAGCUUAAAAUCUUUUUAAUUUCAUAAAUUAGAAAAAUCGUUUUUUGACUUCUCCACCCCCCGCCAUCGAAACCAUUAUAAUAAUUUCUGAAACUGGGUAUUUGAGCAGCGUAUAGCUUGCGAGUGUGCUCGAGAUAUUUACAGCCUUUUGGCUUAAUAUCAAAAUGCUAGAGCUGAAAAACAAGCACCUCUUGCUAAAAAGCAGGAAUUACCCUUUUUUGACAAUUUCGCUGAAGCUGGAGAUUCGUGAGUUCGUCUCCGUCCUGCUAGAACCUAAAUAGGGCAUAGCAUGGCAGAGCAGGCACUUGCAGCAACUUUUAAGAGAGUGAAAGGAUUUAAAUUAAAAGCUUAUACAAACUAACUUCUUUAAGAAAGCAGGAAACAUUCAGUGAACUGGUUUGUCCUCGGGAUGGGGCUGGAAACCGAUUUGUCCUGCAGUAAUGUACGUUUGUUUUUUUUUUUCUAAAAGCAGCUAACUGCCUGUAUCCUAAAUUAAGGGGUAUUUGACACAAUGACAUAGCAUCCACCUAUACUAAACACACAUCCGUGUCCUAACAAUGCUUCUUAUCGCUGCCUAAUCACAACUGAGCUAAUGAACCACAAGAAAAAUCAAAACAGGAGAAUUUGUCGGCUUAUUUUCAAUAUGCAUCAUCCCGAACUGUGCUGUGGGUGCGUGACCACGCUCGAAAGAGUCUCAGUGCACUCCCCAAAACUGAGCUCAUCUCUCCAUAAUAGCUCUCUCAAUUAAAACGGAGAGAAUGCUCCCAUAUUAAUAGCAAUUAAUUUAUAUUUUUCCUAUGCAUUUAUGUUUGAACAACUGCUCAGCUUGUCUUGCUCUGUACUUUUUAUUUCUGAUGAAGUGUACCUAUGCAGGCCUCAGAUACAUGUCCUGCCCUUGUGCACUUCGUCAGACUCAUUCAAUUACUCCCUUCUUCUUCUUUGCCUGCCUUUCCCCGAGUGAAAAUUUGCAAAGUAAAGGGCAUUUGCUGCCCAGUUGUAGCCCACGUCCCAACAGCAUCACCUUUUAUGUGUUUUUUCUCCCCCUCGCAUCUUUCACUGGAGCCUUCAGUCCCUUAGGCUGCACACAGAAAACUCCCACUUAAACAAAAUACAUGUUUUGAAUUCACAAAUAAUACAGCCUGGGCUCUCAAAAAGGGACCAAAGUGUCCCGAUUUCGCUGAGGAAAGAGAGAUCACAAUGCCCUUGUUUUCUUUCCCACCGCUUCCCUCCCCAGUCAGAAGUGAAAGAAGUGGCCACACGAGCAGGGAGCCUGGGACGCAGCGCAGCCUCCGUCCCUGCUCCCAGCCCGUCUGUCUGUCUGCGCCUCUCUCCUCUGUCCACGCACACACGGGGCUCCUUCACACUCCAAACGCUCCGGUGAUGAAGCUGGGGAACCCCGAGAUCGCCCGCCGGCUGCUGGCGCACGGGGCGAACCCCGACCUGCGGGACAGCACCGGCUUCGCCGUGAUGCACGACGUGGCCCGCGAGGGGUUUCCGGACACUCUGCAGGCGCUGCUGGAGUUCCAGGCCGACGUGAACGUGCAGGACAGCGAGGGGAACCUGCCCCUGCACCUGGCGGCCCGCGAGGGACACGCGCGGGUGGUGGAGCUGCUGCUGGCGCGCGCCGAGUGCCGCGUGGGCCACCAGAACGUGCGCGGGGCCACCGCCUACGACCUGGCCAAGCUGUACAAGCGGCACGCCGUGGUGCAGCUCCUGGAGCGCGGCCGCCGCUCCCCCGCCGGCGCGGACUGAGCCCGCCCGCUGGACACUGGCCGCAGCGCCUUCCCCUUUCCUUUGUAUUAACGUUUGCUGCAAAUUUGCAGAUCUAUUUUCUUCCGUAUGAAUCUCAAGAAAUUCCAGAGGUGGGUUUUAUUUUUAGAUCACGGAGAUAUUUUUAGACCCACGCUCCCAGCCAUUUCUUACACCGUUACCCAUAGACUCAGCCGUGUAUAUGUCGGGCGCUCACACCUAGUUAUCAAGUUUUACGAUUUAUUUUAGACCAUUCCUGUUAAGUCACUAAUUCCAGAGCUACGUAUUCACAUGCUUAAUGUUGCUGGACUUUUAAGAAAAGGAAAUAGGUUACUGUGAUUGCUCUGACCUCUCAACGCAAUCCGCCCCCCCCCCCUUUCCCCGUUUGGGUCGACCUUCAGAUUUUGAAGUUGUGUUUGGGGUUAAAACAGCCUUUUAAGGGGUAAGCUGCACGCCCGUGCUCAGGCAGGGCUGGGAGUCAAAGGCUGCUCGGCCUGAGGACAGAGGAUGGCGCUUAGAGGCUUCGGGAAAUAGCUGCGUUUGACACUAACAAGAGCUUGUAGAAGUAGGUCACUCGCUUUCUAAAUGUAGAUGACACUUUUCCCCUUUGUAUAUUUAAACUUUCACCGAGCUGGUUUUGAAUUUAGUUACCAGAAGCUGCAUAAGUGGUAUUAUUUGGUUGCCAGAGGUUUUAAACAGCUCAGUUUAGUAGUUCGUGUUUACUGUGCACUGAACAGGACUUUUUUUUCUGGUUUCAAAACAAGCAGCAUUGUCAGGGACGAGAGGACACGGAGUCUGAAACACCACGAGGUUUCUGGUUCCUUCGUAAGCUGAGUGCAGCUUAAAUGCUCUUUAAGAAAUAUUUGCUUUCCACCAACUGUUUCGUUUCGCCUGGAAAUAAACUAUUUUAAUGACAGAUGCAUCUCACACAACAGCAAUAUUUGAAUACAGUGACGUUUGGGAAGCAGCACGUUCGGUAUUCGGGAAGUUGUUAUUGCUUGCACCUAAAACACAACUUAACCUUUGAAAGUUUCCCAUUGCAAUAUAGUCGGAGUAUUCAUCAGAGCCAAACUCAUUUACCUCUACAAAAGGAGACAAGGAUGCUCAGCACUGCAUGGGAAGCGUUAAUAUGAGGUGUUGGACGGGCGGGCGGUUUGAAGGGCGUUUUGGAAUAGUCUAAUGUUCGACUGGGCAAAAUAGAACGUUUUAAAUCAAUGCAAAACGAGAAGUACUUAAAACAGUAUUCAAAAGAGGAGGGGGUGUACAUUAGUUUAGAAUUUAACUUAAAAAAAAUAGCCCCACAAUAUCAGUUACUACCGUUUUCAAGUAAAAAGUAAUUUGCUGAAAGUCUGUCACAUUUGCUAUGCGCUCUGUCACACUGCUGUGUUCUCUGAUUAAAAACCUCUGUGAAACAUGAA